UAAACACGUACAUAUAUGGCUGCACUGCUGCCCGACUCAUCCAUACUGAACACUAUUUGAAACAAAUAGCACAACCACCUGACCUUCGCACACAGUGAAUGUACUUUCAUCGCUCUAUCAACCUCUCACAACACAGUGUGCUUGUAUUUAUAAACUAAUAAACUAGACAACCAGCUCAAACCUCAAAUUCAUUCCAUUCAAUCGCGAACACCCCCAAAUACCACACCAUGAAAGACGGAAAGGACGACGACUCUGGCAAGAGCAGCAUGACUGUGGCUGAGUAUGUGGCCGAAGCAUUAGCCACCGCAGGCGUGGAACUAGUGUUUGGUGGGCAUGGAGGUGCCGUGAUAGCGCUCGUGAAUGCCAUCGAGAGGCAUCCCAAGUUGACAUGGGUGUGCAUGAAGAACGAAAACAACGCAUCUCUCGCCGCCGCAGCCCAGGCUAAACUCACGGGGCGUCUGUCCUGUUGCCUAGCAACGUCGGGGCCCGGCGCCACCAACCUGACCACAGGCUUAGUAGCGGCCGUGAAGGAUGGUGUGCGUGUCAUCUGCAUCACCGGCAUGAAGCACUCGUGGAAGGUUGGCUACGCUGACUUCCAGGACUGUAACCAGACGGAGAUCUUCCGUGCGGGUGGGGUGGACAAUAGCUACACCAUCCUGCACAAGAACAGCGUGGUGCCGCUCAUGCGCAACUCCAUUGCGUGCGCCUACGAGAAGUACACGGCUGUGCACGUGGCUAUUCCGGUGGACAUCCAGACGCAAGAACUCAUCACACUCAAGCCAGGAGAGACGGCCAGGGCUGUGUUCCAGGAGAUACACAGGUUCACAAGCAUCCUGCCGGCGUCGACGAGGUACCAACGCACCAAGGUAGUACCGUCCUCCCACUCUCUGGAUGUCGCAUCGGAGUCCAUUGUGAACAAGGAAGCGCUCAGAGGUGGGCGUAGGCGUAUCAUCAUAGCGGUAGGCAGUCUGGCAGUAGGUACAGGGGUGCACGUGCUGCGGCUGGCGGAGGCUCUAAACGCACCUGUCGUGGCCAAACUGGACGGCAAGGGCAUAGUAGACGAGAGCCAUCCCCUGUACUUGGGUGUGUUGGGGAUCUUCGGCAAUCCCGGGCUGGAGGCGGCCAAGACCAUUGUACAGACCAGUGACUUGGUGGUGAAUGUGGGGGUGAAUGAGUGUACCGAACUGUUAGCUGGGUCGGAUGGGCUGCAACGUAGGGCGAUGAUCUCCAUCAUGCCCUCGGCCAAUGCCGCGUCCAAGAACAUCGGGUGGCAGACGGAGCACGAUCUCUACGGCAACAUCUGUGGCAUUUGUGAGGAGUUGUGUGGGCGUAUUGACACACUCAUGGCCAAGCAUCCGGAGGCAGCGAACACGUGGGACGACGGCAGCCAGCACUACACCCGCAAGAGCAAACGGGACAAAAACGACCCCAAAUCCCAGAAGGCCUGGGACUACUUCCUGUCCGGCUCCUGGCGCCAACGCCAGGACGGAGACACCCCGGCCGACGCAGUGAAGUCUACGGGCAAGCAGCUCAGGGCCAGAGACUCUACCGCACGCUUCUCCAUAGUAGAGGAGAGCGCAAGCUCCUAUUGCCACCCCAUGUCUGUGUUUGCUGCGUUGGGUGACCUGCUCAGCGCGGAAGACAUAGUGGCGGUAGACACAGGCGACUCUACGCUGUGGUCCAGUCUCGGCCUGUGCCUGACCAAAGGGCAGCGUGUGCUGGCGGAUCUGAGCCUGGGCACCAUGGGCUACAGUCUGUGUGCGGGGGUGGCAGCCUCCCUCACCCACCCCACGGCCAAGGUAGUGGUGAUAGUAGGCGACGGGGCGUUGCAGAUGACGGUAGGCGAGCUGGGCAUGGUGGCCCAGAACAACGUGCAGUCGUUGAUAGUCAUCGUGGUGAACAACGGGGUGUUGGGUCGGGUCCACUUUGGAUUUGAUCAGGUGCUUGGGGACAAGGUGAGUAACCCGGACUUCAUGCUGCUGGCGAAGGCGUACCACGGGGAUGGGGCACGGAUUACGAAUGAGGGGGAGAUACUGCCAGUCCUCACCCAGGCCAUGCAUAGCAAGGGCCUGUUUAUUGUGGAGGUGGUGGAGGAUCCCGACCUAGCCGCACCCAUGGCCACGCUAGUGCCGGACGUCAACUACUUCGACCACGAACGAGCGGAGUGCGAUGAGUAGGUGUGGGUGUAGGUGCGUGUGUUCAUGGGGUUAGUAACGUACUUACGUGUGGGAGAAGGGUGCGUCCUGAACGUUGGCACACGGAAUAAGUAGCUGCACAGGGCUACGGUUGUCUAGAGGCACUUCGUAAGUAUAAUCAAUAAAGGCUGUCGGAUUAUGUACUGUUUUAAUAAGGGCUACGGUUGUCUAGAGGCACUUCGUAAGUAUAAUCAAUAAAGAC